CGAUUAUUCUACUGAAAAUCAAAUCAAAGUUUUUGUUUUUUUUAAAAAAAAAAUAAAGGCGCACGAAGGCCCACAACAGCAACAGGAGCCAUGAGUACGAUGAAGUUUUGCCGCGAAUGCAACAACAUACUGUACCCCAAGGAGGAUAGGGAGCGCAAGAUCCUUCUCUUCGCAUGCCGCAACUGCGAGCACCAGGAGGUUUCUGACAACAACUGUGUUUAUCGAAACGAGGUACUCCACUCUGUUGGUGAGCGCACUCAGAUCUUGCAGGAUGUGGCAUCAGAUCCAACGCUUCCUCGAACUAAAACUGUCCGAUGCGCUGCUUGCGGUCACCCUGAAGCUGUAUUCUUCCAGGCCCCGUCCAGAGGAGAGGAAGGCAUGACCCUUUUCUUUGUUUGCUGCAACCCCAACUGCGGCCAUAGGUGGAGAGAUCAGUGAGAUCAUCUCGUUUGUUGCUUUGGGCUCUACUCUGUUAUGAGGUAACAUUAGGAUCCAGUAAUGACAAAUUCCUUUUUUUUUUUUCUUUCUUUUUUGAACCUCCAAUCAAAUGAAACUUGGUAGUCAUAUUGGAAUGGGACAUAGAUUACUGAAUUGUUUCGCAUAAAAUUGAACUAUAGCAGAUCGGAUCGUAGUUAAAGGAGCUAGUUGGUUUUUAUGAUUUCAAUACACAGGCAUCUAUUAUAUCUUAGCGAGACUCUGGGAGCGAGAAGGAACUUUCCUCUUCCUCUGUAUUCUGAAGUGUGGCGUUUUUAUCAAAAUUUAAACACUUGAAUGUUGUUUUA